UCUUCAGUCGCCCAUCAUGAGCAAAAUGUGGGAGGUGGAUCCGGAGACGCGGAGCAAGUUGCUGGAAAUCCAGAAGACAAACGAUAACAACAAAUGCGUCGACUGCAAUGCGCCCAGCCCGCAAUGGGCCUCGCCCAAACUCGGUAUCUUCAUGUGUCUCUCGUGCUCCGGCGUGCAUCGUGGUCUAGGUGUCCACAUCUCCUUCAUCCGCAGCAUAACCAUGGACGCUUUCAAAGGCUCGGAGCUCUUGCGCAUGGCGGCCGGAGGGAACAAGCCCUUCCAGGACUUCUUCAACGCCCACGAGUCGAACACGAAAGAGGGACGCACAUUCGAGGCGUCAUCCAUACAAGAGCGCUACGAUUCCGAGGCGGGCGAUGAGUGGAAGGAGAGGCUUAGCUGCAAGGUCGAGAACAGAGAGUUCGACAAGAGCAAUCUGCCCAAGCGGUUACCCAAGAAGGACAACAUUUCUGCAGCUGGCGUGGGUGCGCCCUUGAGUGGACGGGCCAGCGCAGCAGGCAGUAGGAGUCAGACGCCUUUGAGCAAGACACGGAGUAACGAUGCAGCCUUCCAGCGCUCUGCAUCGCCUGCACUCGGCACAAACGCCAUGUCCCAGAAAUCCAAAAACGAGGCCUACUUUGCAAAGAUGGGCCAGGAGAAUGCCAACCGGCCAGAAGGCGUUGCGCCAAACCAGGGAGGAAAAUACGGUGGCUUCGGUAGCGAGCCAGAUUCGUGGAAGAAGGACGACGAACCUGGGGCUCCACCUGCGCUUGACGAUUUCCAAAAGGACCCUGUUGCAGCACUUACCAAAGGCUUCGGGUGGUUGGGCGCCAGCGUGAGCAAAGUGGGCAAGACAGGCUACGAAGGCUGGGUCAAGCCAGGCAUGGCAAAGCUUGCCGAAGCAGACCUCGCCACCCAGGCCCGUAACACAGCCGGCACCCUCGGCCAGACCCUCCAGUCGGGUGUUGCGAGCGCCAACAACCAGUUCACUCGCUUUGUCGAGGGUGAUGACUCCUCAUCCGCAACGCGUCGUGGCGCGCCCGAACCCGAGCGCAAAGAAUUUUGGGAAAGCUUCGGUGCAGCACCCAAGGGACCGGCAAAGGACAAGCAGGACUUUUGGGACGAGUUUGCCAGUGCCGGCGAGGCUAGGGCCACCUCAACCGUGGAAAAGAAGAAGCCCAGCGGUAUUGGUACAAGUGCCAUGAAGAAGAGUGGCGGUGCUGGUAGCGGGAGCAUGAGCGCAGCACCCGCAAAGAAGGACGACGAAUGGGGUGAUUGGUGAGACGACGCAAAGCCUUUUCUAUGAGGGGGUUUGACGAAAUCAUGGUGGGGAUAGAGGGCUGGGGAGAGGCGUUUCAGGCGUUGGAUACGCAUGUGAUGAUGGGCUGGGGCUGGGAUGGGUGGACUGUGAGUGAAUUAACUAUUGAUUGUGCUGGGCUUCUAAAGCGCAAUAUUGC